AAAGACAGCAUGUCAUUUUAAUAACACACACACACUCACUCACUCACUUCACUUCUCUCUAGCUCUGAUCUGUUCUCUUGCUACCAUGAUGAACAUGAAGAGCAGCACUUCUACUAAGAAGAAGAUGACGAUGAUGCCGAGGGGGUUCAUGUGCCACUCUCAGGCAGCAACUGCCGUCUGCGUGAGCAGCGCCGAUGCAGCUCGGUCCGCGAUCGUCCCAGCUGCUAGAAAUACGAGAAUGAUCAACAACUACAAUGCCAGGUACUCGAAGAUCGUUGAGUCACGUAGGUCUGGCAAUUUAGCUGAUCAUGGGAAAAAACCAGCCUUGUUGUCUUCCAUGAUCAAGAGAGAGUCGGCUUUGAACUACCACCACCACCACCAUCAUCACUCGAAGCCAAAGAUGUCACUGCAGAAAACAGCGUUAGUUCUACCUUCUACAGAUAAUGUCUUCCAGGUGGUUGUUAUGAGGGUUGCUCUUCAUUGUCAAGGAUGUGCUGGUAAAGUGAAGAAACAUCUUUCUAAAAUGGAAGGGGUUACAUCUUUCAGUAUAGACCUGGAGACAAAGAUGGUAACUGUAAGAGGACACGUGUCGCCAGUCAGAGUCGUGGAGAGCAUUUCCAAGGUUAAAAAGGCAGAGUUACUGCCCUGCAGUUGAAUGAAUGAAACUGAUGGAUCAGGUUAAAACUAGCUACCUUACUCCUUAUGGAAGGAAAGCUUCAACCGCAUGCAAUUAAAUUCUUUCCCUUUAAUAUUUGUCUAUCAAUUUGUAUUCAGGUAACUGUUAAAAAAACUAAGGUGGUCCUCCCAAAAAUAAAUUGAUAUAAUUAAAGUGGGUUGUAAAUUUGAUCAUGUGAGCUGUAGUGAUGUUGAUGUAUCAAGGUUUAACAACUAAUUCAAGGACAAUUUUUGU